AGGUGGUCGGUCGGUCAGUCGGGAGGGUUAAGGAGGGCCGGAGGCAGAGACAGACAGAGCAGGAGAGAGCGGGCGAGAGAGAGAGAGAUGCUGUGCUCUGUCGCUAUGGCGACCGGCCUGGUGCUGGUGACGUGGCUGCUGAUGACGACGGCCGCCCGUGGCAGCCCCGUGGUACCCUCGCCGCCCGCGUCGGCCCGUGGAGAGCGCCAGCGCCUGGAGCAGGCGCUGGCACCGACCCAGCAGGCCAAGGAGGAGGGUGGCGCCCUGAGCCCCAGCGCCCAGCACAAACUGCAGGAGAUCAGCCACAUGGGAGGCCUGGAGGCAGCUGCUGCUGCCGGCGGCGGCGGCGGUGGUGGCAGGAGCUCCAACAAGACCAUGGGCACAGGGGGCAGGGUCAACAGGCCUGGCUGGGGAGGAGGGGGACUACAGCAGAGACAACGGGGUAGCAGCAAGGCCCAGAGCACCAGCAGCCAGGAGCAGCAGCAGCAGCCCUGGGGAGGGCCCAGCGUCUUCCCCCAGCAGGCCGACGAUGGCCCCACUGGGGAGCCCCGCGACGUCUCCACGGACCCCAUCGACGAGUACGCCUACCCGGACUACCGGGGCAAAGGCUGCAUGGACGAGACAGGCUUUGUCUUUGCCAUUGGCGACACCUUCACGCCAGGCCCGUCCGCCUGCCCUUGCAUCUGCACGGACGAGGGCCCCCUGUGCGCCAAGCCCGAGUGCCCCAAACUGCACCCGCGCUGUCUACGCGUGGACACCAGCCAGUGCUGCCCGCAGUGCAAGGAGAAGAAGAACUACUGCGAAUUCCGGGGGAAAAUGUACGCCUCGCUGGAGGAGUUCAAGGUGUCCCCGUGUGAGAAGUGCCGGUGUGAGUCGAGUGGUGAGGUGCUGUGCUCCGUAGCAGCCUGCCCCCAGACGGAGUGCGUGGACCCGGAGUACGAGCCGGAUCAGUGCUGCCCCGUUUGCAAGAGCGGUCCCAACUGCUAUGCGGACACCGCAGUGAUUCCGGCGGGCCGCGAGGUGAAGAUUGACGAGUGCACCAUCUGCUACUGCACCUACGAGGAGGGCACGUGGCGCAUCGAGCGGCAGGCCACCUGCAGCAGGAACGAGUGCAAGCGGCGCAGAUGAAGAGGUGCGAGCCCCGGCCCUGGUCCGGCCCCAACCCGGCUCUGGGGGUGGCACGGCACGCUGAUGGAGGAAAGGGAAAAGGGGGCUGAUGAACUUCUCCAUCAUCACGCAUACAUAUACUGUACAUGCGUACGUAGCGUAUACGCGUGCUGCGCGUGUGCAAAUGCACACAUACAGUACAGUGCAUUCACCUCUGGACAGCUACACUAACACGCACAGACACAUACACAC